UUCUUUUAUCCAGACCAACAAACACACCAUAGGAGCUUUGUGGAUUCAAAGGAUUUGCUUUCGCUUCUGAAAGAGCCGCUAUUCUUUGAUGAUUGGGUAGCGGCAAACUUCAAAGCCAUAAAUCUUCCCUCUGACUGGCUGGCGGCCCAGCAAAGUCCUUAUCAAAUUCUUGGAGGUGAUCCUGAAGCGCUCAGAACCGCGCGCGGGGCGAGCGAGCGGGGCGCGUCGAGGGGCGGGCGCCGGGGAGGCACACUGGGCGGCCGCUCGUCCUCGCCUUCGGAUGUCCAUGCCUCGGUGGCGGCGGCGGCGGCGCCCCACUCGGCAGCCUGCGGCCUGCAAGCUGUAGCCAUGGCCGCUGUGGCCGUCCUCCGGAACGACUCGCUGCAGGCCUUCCUCCAGGACCGCACCCCCAGCGCCUCGCCGGACCUGGGCAAGCACUCGCCCCUGGCGCUGCUGGCCGCCACCUGUAGCCGCAUCGGCCAGCCGGGGGCAGCGGCACCCCCGGACUUUUUGCAGGUGCCCUACGACCCGGCGCUGGGCUCGCCCUCCAGGCUCUUCCACCCGUGGACCACCGACAUGCCGGCGCACUCUCCCGGCGCGCUACCGCCCCCGCACCCCAGCCUGGGGCUCACGCCUCAGAAAACUCACCUGCAGCCCUCUUUCGGGGCUGCGCACGAGCUGCCGCUCACUCCCCCUGCUGAUCCUUCGUACCCUUACGAAUUCUCGCCGGUGAAGAUGCUGCCGUCGAGCAUGGCGGCCCUGCCCGCCAGCUGCGCGCCCACCUACGUGCCCUACGCCGCGCAAGCCGCCCUGCCUCCCGGCUACUCCAACCUGCUGCCCCCGCCGCCACCGCCGCCUCCGCCGCCUCCUCCUCCGCCGCCACCGCCGCCCCCUCCCACCUGCCGCCAGCUGUCCCCCACUCCGGCCCCGGACGACCUCCCGUGGUGGAGCAUCCCGCAGGCGGGCGUGGGGGCCUCCGGAGUUCCCGGGGGCGCUUGUGCCGGGAACAUGCCCCAUGCCCCGCGCUUCCCGGCUUCGGCGGCCGCUGCGGCUGCAGCCGCCGCCGCCGCCCUGCAACGCGGCCUGGUGCUGGGCCCGUCGGACUUCGCGCAGUACCAGAGCCAGAUCGCAGCGCUGCUGCAGACCAAGACCCCCCUGGCGGCCACGGCCAGGAGGUGCCGUCGCUGCCGCUGCCCCAACUGCCAGGCGGCGGGCGGCGCCCCCGAGGCGGAGCCGGGCAAGAAGAAGCAGCACGUGUGCCACGUGCCGGGCUGCGGCAAGGUGUAUGGCAAGACGUCGCACCUGAAGGCGCACCUGCGCUGGCACACGGGCGAGCGGCCCUUCGUGUGCAACUGGCUCUUCUGCGGAAAGAGCUUCACGCGCUCGGACGAGCUGCAGCGGCACCUGCGGACUCACACGGGCGAGAAGCGCUUCGCCUGUCCAGAGUGCGGCAAGCGCUUCAUGCGCAGCGAUCACCUUGCCAAGCACGUCAAGACGCACCAAAACAAGAAGCUCAAAGUGGCCGAGGCCGGCGUGAAGCGAGAGAACACGCGGGACUUGUGA